AUGACGCAGGCCUGGGAUGGGGCUGUUUUUGCCGCCCGGCGGCGCAACGAUGACGACGACACAACCCGGGACAGCAUCUUCGUCUACACCAACAGCAACAACACGCGGGGUGAGCGCAGGGCGCUGGGGUACCGCGGGGGAGAGGAGUCUGGGCGCAGAGGGGCUGGGGGGCUGGGGUUCCGCGGGGGAGAGGAUUUGGGGUGCGGGGGGCUGGAGUACCGCGGGGGAGAGGAGUCGGGGGGCUGGGGUACCGCGGGGAGAGGAGUCGGGGCGCAGGGGGGCUGGGGUACGGCGGGGGAGAGGAGGUGGGGCGCAGGGGGUACAGAGGUGCCAGCUGCGAGGCCCCCCUCACCCCUGUCCUCCGCACCAGGCCCCUUCGAAGGCCCCAACUACCACAUCGCGCCGCGCUGGGUGUUCAAUGUGGUGUCACUCUGGAUGGUCUUUGUGGUCGUCGCCUCCGUCUUCACCAACGGGCUGGUGCUGGUGGCCACCUGGAAGUUCAAGAAGCUGCGGCACCCGCUGAACUGGAUCCUGGUGAACCUGGCGAUCGCCGACCUGGGCGAGACCCUGAUCGCCAGCACCAUCAGCGUCGUCAACCAGGUCUCCGGCUACUUCGUGCUGGGCCACCCGCUCUGCGUGGUCGAGGGCUACACCGUCUCCGUCUGCGGUGUCACGGCGCUGUGGUCGCUGGCUAUCAUCUCCUGGGAGCGCUGGUUCGUGGUGUGCAAACCCUUUGGCAACAUCAAGUUUGAUGGGAAGCUGGCCAUUGGCGGCAUCAUCUUCUCCUGGGUCUGGUCCGCCACCUGGACUGCGCCCCCCAUCUUCGGCUGGAGCAGGUACUGGCCCCAUGGCUUGAAGACCUCCUGUGGCCCAGAUGUGUUCAGUGGCAGCUCAGACCCCGGGGUCCAGUCCUACAUGAUUGUGCUGAUGAUCACCUGCUGCUUCAUCCCACUCAGCGUCAUUGUCCUCUGCUAUCUGCAAGUGUGGAUGGCCAUCCGCACGGUGGCAGCCCAGCAGAAGGAAUCGGAGUCCACCCAAAAGGCGGAGAAGGAAGUGUCGCGCAUGGUGGUGGUCAUGAUCAUUGCCUACAUCUUCUGCUGGGGCCCCUACACCUUCUUCGCCUGCUUCGCUGCUGCCAACCCUGGCUACGCCUUCCACCCGCUGGCAGCUGCUCUGCCUGCCUACUUUGCCAAGAGCGCCACCAUCUACAACCCCAUUAUCUACGUCUUCAUGAACAGGCAGUUUCGUAACUGCAUAAUGCAGCUGUUUGGAAAGAAGGUGGACGACGGCUCAGAGCUCUCCUCCACCUCCCGCACUGAGGUCUCCUCUGUCUCCAACUCCUCGGUGUCGCCGGCAUAGGAGGGACCCCCAUGGACCGACAGACAGAUGGACGGAUGGAUGGGACUCUCCCCCCCUUCCCCCCACGCAGUAUGGAUCCCUCUUGAGCAUAUGAAGUACUGUCUUUUCUCCCCCACUUUGCCUCGCCUCCUCAGGAGACUCCACCCCACCAAUGGUUGGCUCCGCCCCCACACAGGGAAUGAGGCCCCUUUCCGUCAAGCAGGGGCCAGGAGAGUUUAGCUUUUGUAAAGCAACAGCCCCAUCUCCCCACAAGAGCUGCCUGAGCUCCGCCCCCAUCAUGAUUCUCUGUCGCUCCGCCCCUCGAGCACAAGUCAUUGCUCUACUGGGAAGGGAACAUGAGCUGUUCUGGGAGUGUUUGGGUCCACCUCAGAGGUGGCUGCAUCUCAGCCAAGCCGGCUGUGUAGGGAGAGGACACUGCCCCAGAGCUGGCUGCAUCCCAGUGGGGUCGGGUGUGUGGGGACAGGUCCCUCCACCCGAGGUGGCUGCAUGUCAGCAGGGCCAGGUGUGUGGGGUGAUGCUGCUUUGCCCCAGAGGUGGCUGCACCUGAGCGGAGCGACGGAGAAUCAUCCUCUCUCACGUUCCACCCCCAGGCUGGCCAUGCCGUGCUCCGGCCCCGGCCAGCCCCCCUGUAAAUAGUGUUUGAUAAGGAGCCUAGAGAGGAACGCAGGGACAGAGAACAGGACAAAUGCCCAGCCAGACGCCACC